CGCCAUGGGGGCCUCCGCCAGCUCCCCCGCCACCCCGGCCGCGCCCCGCAACAAGCACCUGGCGCACGUCAGCGACCCCCGCUCCCCCACCGCCGGCAUCCUGCGCACCCCCAUCGAGGUGGUGAGCUCCCCGGCGGGCAGCCCGCAGCCCAGCCCCGCCGAGCCGCCGGCGGGCACCGGCCAGGAGCGGGACCCACGGUCGCCCACACCCGGCAUAUUCCGCACGCCCAUGAGAGCCGUGUCGAGUGACAGCGUGGACCGCCUGGUGAAGCAGCUCAGCGAGGCCUUCGGGGCCGAGACCGCGGCUCCGGAGCCGGCGCCUCCGGCAGCGGCCGGCCUCGCCGAGGAGCCGGCUCGGCGGAGCUCCCCGCCCGCGGGCCAAGAGGCGGAGAGGCCGCCCUCCCCCAGCACAGCCCGGCCCGGCCGCCCUGCCGGGCACGGCUUCUCCUCGGUGAGCAAGCCCAUAAGACACAAGCCCAACAACAAAUUCAUGGCGACAUCUGGAGGAACUGGCCGCUCUCCCCUCAGCGUUCUACGGGACGAUAAUUCUCCCAGUGCUCCUGCCCCUCGCCAGGGCAAGAGGCAUGUGUUGGGAGAGAACCUUGGGGAGAAGAAGGAAGCAGAUCUGAGCAGGAGCCUUAAAUCUGGAAACUGUGCUUGGAGUGACUUGAACAAGGAGAACCAACAGUGUCCUUUUGUGGAGAACUAGACACUUCUUUUUUCAGGAGCUUGCUAUAAUUUGCUCCUGUGUUUUGAGAAUUUUCUAGUGGGGAGAAAUCGCACAAUUGACUGAACCCUCAAAGCAGUGUCACAUUUCUCUCCCUCCUCUUCCUAGUUUGCCGUGUCUUAUGUACAGCACAAACUUUCUCUUUUAUUGUGUAUCAGCUGUAUUGACUUUUACAGAGUUUUUAUCCCUAGUAAAUAAAUUUGUGUUCAACCUUUA